AAGACAAUCGAGCAGAUUAGGCCCGUGAUAUAUUGGGUUGUGAAAGAGUUGAUCGAGGAUCCCGUUCUUCUUCAACAAGAAACCCCACAACAAAAACCUCUGUCCUCGGCCAUUUGCACUGCAAUUCCGACCACAUUCGAGUCACAGGAAUAGCUUAAGUUUAUUCAUCAGGAGUAUUUGAAGUUUAACCAAGAAGUCAAUGGGUGACAGUCAGUAUUCUUUCUCCCUCACUACUUUCAGCCCUUCAGGCAAGCUUGUUCAAAUUGAACAUGCUUUGACAGCAGUUGGAUCUGGUCAAACAUCUUUAGGAAUUAAAGCUGCUAAUGGCGUUGUUAUUGCAACAGAGAAGAAGUUACCAUCAAUUUUAGUUGAUGAAACAUCCGUGCAAAAGAUUCAGAUUUUGACCCCAAAUAUUGGAGUUGUCUACAGCGGCAUGGGGCCCGAUUCUCGAGUUUUGGUGCGAAAAAGUAGGAAGCAGGCUGAGCAAUAUUAUAGACUAUACAAAGAACCAAUUCCAGUCACUCAAUUGGUGAGGGAAACUGCGACGGUCAUGCAAGAAUUUACUCAAUCAGGUGGCGUGAGGCCGUUUGGUGUAUCACUCUUGGUUGCCGGAUACGAUGACAAAGGUCCACAGCUAUAUCAGGUGGAUCCUUCAGGUUCAUACUUCUCUUGGAAAGCUUCAGCCAUGGGAAAGAAUGUAUCAAAUGCAAAGACAUUUUUGGAGAAGAGGUACACAGAAGAUAUGGAACUUGAUGAUGCUGUGCAUACAGCAAUUUUGACACUGAAGGAGGGAUUUGAAGGACAGAUUUCAGGGAAAAACAUUGAGAUUGGUGUGAUUGGCAAUGACAAAAUAUUCAGGGUUCUUACCUCGUCUGAAAUUGAAGAUUACUUACAGGAAGUGGAAUAGUUGCACACCCACCUUUUGUUGUUGGCAGAAUCCAGUGGUUGAUUUUGUCCGUAUAACUAUUCCGCUGCUGUAUUAGAUCUUGUUCCAAUUCUUACAUUUACUGGAAACUCGUUUCUUUCUCUUAGAUUCUUCCUAAACCGGCCACAUAUGCAAUUGAACACUCUUGUUUGUCCUUUAGGAGGAUUCCUGUUGCCUACAAAUAUUAUCAAGUUUGCUAAAUCUGUGAUUGUCA